AUUUUUCUUACGAUUAUCACAAGAAAACGAUGGGUCCGUCCCUGCUGAAAGGUUACUUCGGAUUGGCGGAUUCUCUCUACCUGCAACACAACGAGACUUUUCUACCUGCUUUAAGGAGAUGCACGACCAUAGAAGACGUUUGCUACGCGUUUGAAAAACAUAAAACUAUCCUUUCUGAACACAUAACCGACGUCUGGGAGAAAUCGCUCGAGCUGUACGAGCAGAAUUUCUCGAAAAUCAUAAAUGUUAACAAGGAAUAUUACGAUUUACCGGGCACGCUGAUCAAGGAUUUCCUGAUGGCAAUGCGCGCUUUCUGCGUGCAAAAAGAGUUGAGCGAACGUUGGAAAGAUGAGAUGAGCAGGACAUGCAAAUUGCUGUUCCAAAUCUACACGCAAAUCGAGUAUAUUAAAGCCGGAUUGAAUCGUAUUCAAGGGCAUAAGAUUAAUUUGAAGGAGGCUGGUUACGUGCUCUUCAUGGAAAGAUGUUACGUUUCGGAUAUAUUGAAGCGACGUUAUUUGGACGUUUUCUUAACGCAGAAAUUCUUGAUUGUUACGGAAUUUGAUGGGAAAUGGUACAACUGUUUGGACAGUAUUCCUAUCGAAUGUUUCGAGAUCAUCGUGAAGCCUGGAAAGACGACGAUGCAAGUGAACUUUGGAAAUGCUAACAGGAAACUUUACAAAUUGAAUUUCAUGGAUAAAAAAGUCUUCGAUCGUGCUUUGAGCUCUUUCCCAUCCAAUAACAUCGUCGAGAGGAAAUAGUUUUUUUUACUACCAAUAACAUAUAUUUGCUCGUAUUUAUUUUUACCAAAAAAAAUAUAGUUUUUACUCUCUAUUUAUUAUGUUAAACUCAAAGCAAACCGCAGUUUGUGAUAUUAUUUUGUCAUUAAUA